UCAGACAUGAAUGUGGUGGGAGACAGUACACAUGGUGUGGAUUUGAGUAACGGUCUGGAAAAUGUUCCGGUUUUAAUUGUGAGGAGUUCAGCCGCGCUGACAUUACCUAAAUUUCAGUAUUCCCCAGAUAAUGUUGAGGGACCAGGAUGCACCGUUGACCCCAGUGAAGUCAGCCUUCCUGGAUGUUCCUGCCUUUCCCUCUCCUGCUGCACUGAGAGCUGCUCCUGCCUGCAGACUCAUGGCCGGGCAUACGACAGCACCGGCACUCUGCUGAAUCUUACCCGAGCAGACUCUGGUUACUGCUCACCUGUGUUUGAGUGUCAUGCCCUUUGCACCUGCAGUGACACCUGCUCUAACCGUGUUGUCCAGAGAGGACUUAGACUCAGGCUGGAGGUUUACUGCACCGGGAACAGGGGCUGGGGAGUACGGACACUGGAGGCAAUCCCACAGGGGACAUUUGUAUGCGAGUAUGCAGGAGAGGUGAUCAGCUUUGAGGAGGCCAGACGCAGACAGCUCACCCAGAGAUCUGAAGACAAUAAUUACAUCAUCGCUGUGAGGGAGCAUGCAGGCACAGGCUCCAUUAUGGAGACGUUUGUGGACCCAGCUGUGGUGGGAAACGUAGGCCGCUUUCUCAACCAUUCCUGUCAGCCCAACCUGUUCAUGCUGCCUGUUCGUGUGCACUCUGUAGUUCCUCGGCUGGCGCUGUUUGCUGGUCGGUACAUCGAUGCACAAGAGGAGCUGACGUUUGACUACUCAGGAGGAUACAGUAACCAACCUCCCGUAGAGCUGCUGUCCACACAAAGUAACGCUGCCACACAGGCCAGUAGGACAGAUGGACUUCAGAGAAAAGCGUGUCUCUGUGGUGCCAACAAGUGCACACUGUUCCUUCCACUGGAUUUAUCUGUUCUCAACUGAAAUAAUCCAAAAUAAAUUUCAUAUCACAUUCGUUUUUAUCUGAAUGUCAAGAGAUCGACUGAUUCCUGAAUGUCAGAGAAAAGAUUUUCCCUUUUCCUCUAGUUUUUCCUUUUAAACUAUGUCUAUUUAGUUAUGUCUUGAUGUAUUUUCAGUUUCCCUAAACUCUCGGUUAAGUCAGCCACUCAGUAGAACACAAUGCAACACGUUGGUGGUUCCAUAAAAACAAGUCAGCUGGAUGAGUCACGUCUGCACUCGUCAUUGUUUCCUGUUUAGUCCCCAUGGUGUCUCCUGAUCCUCCGCUGUCUUAAUGCUGUUGAUGUUAUAAAAACUAAAUCUCAAGUCAAGAAAAGAGUUUUAUUUUUCUUUGGUUAAACUUGUUGAUAUUCCUGUCUGUUCACAUGUAUAAUCAAUUUCAUCUUUCAGGGGAGGUUUGGUCUGUAUAGGACUUGUCCCAUUGGAUUUACAGUCUUGCAGCUGUCAUCUUGUCCUGGCACAUUGAAGUCCCAUAUCUCACACAACUCAUGAAUCUUGAAGGAGCGGGAGUAUCAUUGGCUCUGGCAGACAUUGGAAGUAAUGAUGUUUAAUAGGUUUCUUUCAAUAGCUACAAAGGCUACACGAUUGAUCUUUACACCCAUACAGAUGUCAAAGCUUUGUUCCUAGAGAAAAUAUUAUGUCAUUUCAA